AUGAAAUUUGAAUUAUUACCAAAUGAAAUUUUGGUCGAAUGUUUUGAAUAUCUCAAUGCUUUGGAUAUUUUUCAUUCAUUUGAUCAAUUAAAUUAUCGUUUUUACACACUUAUUCGAAAUAUUCGAUUGUAUCUCCAUUUUGAACAUGUCAGUAGAACGAUAUUUAAUCAAUUUUGUAAGAAAAUUUUAUUAAAUUCUGAUGUGAAAAUACACAUUUAUUCAUUACAUUUAUCAAAUACAGAUUUAUAUAGUCAAAUCAAUACUUUUAUUUCACAAUUUUCAUUCGAUGAAUUUCCUGAACUUCAAUCUCUCACUUUGACUAGUAUAGAAGAAGAUCAAGUAGAAAAAUUGAAUAUAAUCUUACCAUUAAGAUCUCAACUGUCCGUUUUGCAUUUGAUUCAACCGAAAAAUUCAAUUACAAAUAUUCUAAUUAAGUGUCCAGUGUCUAAAUUACGAAUAUUAUCAGUAACAGACUCAUAUCAGCAUUUAGAACUUAUUGAUCAAAUUUCAUCAAUUACAAAUUUAACAAUGCCAAAAUGCUAUUUAGAUUCACUACACAAAAUAUUAAAAACUGUACCGAUGCUAAAAUAUCUUAAUUGUCAAAAUAUUUCUCAACGUAAAAAAUUUUGGAAUAAUUCAAUAGAAUUCAAAGAUUAUCAAUGCGUUCAUUUAAAACAAUUAAUUAUGAUUGAAUUUCGAUGUAAAUUUGAAGAUUUUCAGAUGUUCAUAAAACAUACACCAAAUUUAAAAAGUUUGAUUAUAUCUAUUGAUUAUGAAAGAGAAAUGAUUGAUGCUUAUCGUUGGGAAGAAUUGAUUAUAUCUUCACUUUUUCAAUUAACUUCUUUUCAAUUUAAAUUUAAAAUUUCUCAUCGAAAAGAUGAUUAUAAUAUUUUUGAUAAGUUCGAACAAUUUUACACCAAAUUUUGGCAAGAAGAACAUCAUUGGUUAGUAGAAUAUAUCUUACAUGAUUAUUCAGCAGAGAUUUAUACAAUACCUUAUAUAUUAAAUACAUAUAUAUUAACAAUCGAUUCGAUAAGAUAUUCAAAUAAACUAGUCAAUCAGUUCAAUACAUUCGAUAAUGUAACAGAUUUAAUCAUAGAUGAUCAAGUGUUAACAAAAACAUUUUCACAUCGCUUUCGCUUUUCAAACGUGGUUUUAUUAACAUUACGCUCUUCAACAUACACGUGGAACAAGAAUGAAGAUAGUAUAUUGAGAGAAUAUAUCGAAUCUUUGAGAACGAUUGUUAAUUUAUCUAAUAUAAAACACUUAGGUAUUUCAAAUGAUCAUCAUAUGGAAAUGUCAUUUAUAUUAUUGGAAAUUUUAAAAGAAGCAUCAAAUUUAUCUUCUCUCAAAAUUGCCCCACAUAUUUUACAAUCAUUAUUGAAUAAUAAUGAUUUACAGAAAUAUUUAAACAAAAUGAUUCGAAAAUUAUAUAUAUCUGGAUAUAGUCAAUAUAUAUUCAGUAACUUAAAUCGCAUAGAACAAUUUUGUCAGAUAUUUUCCAAUAUUGUUGAAUUAACAUGGGAAGAUUGUGACUCAAAUGAUUUAUCAUAUUUGAAAAAUAGAUUAUUAAAAUUAUCUAUGAUAAAAAUCAAUUAA